UUAUUAUUGUGAAUAUGUGCUGGUUGUGUGAAGAAGCAGUUGUAUGAUGAAUUGAUAAAUUGAUUGGCGAUCUAUAAGUGAGUGUGUAGACGCUGAGAGCAUUUGUCGACAGAAACUGUGGAAGAAGUCACAUUACACAACACAAGGUAACUAUGGCGGAAUCAAUAGUACAAGAUUGGUUGGCAGAUUACCGUCGCGUUCAGAAUCAACCAGCUGAUGUCACAGCUUUCGCGGUGGAACAUGAGACAGACCCUGAAAUCGCUGAGGCCAUUUAUACAAUAUUCAGUGAGCGUCAACGUCACGACACGUUAGUUCAUGAUAUAUGCCACCAAUUGCUAUCGUUUUAUCGUGCUCCCGAGGACUCGCUGCGGAAGUUCCCUUUACAAUUCAUUCCAGUAUUAAUAUAUACUUACUUACAUGCAGUCGCCGCUGGUGACAAAAAAGGUGCUCGUAGUGUAGAAACAUUGCUUAUUUGCAUUUACAAUGCAGAAGUGUCCACUGAAGAUGGCGGUCAACGUGUAGUGGCUUUCCGCAUGCCAAUAUUAGCACAAGCGUCAGUCUAUCAUGAGGAAAAAAACUUACCAAUGACAGAUUUGCGACGUUGGGAAGAGAAUUGUAAUCGAGAAAUUAAAUGGGGUCCACAUGCGCAGAUAGAGGCAAUUACGGCCCAAAACAGACUACGUAUUAUGACUGCACUAAUGUUCUGCUAUAAUCAGCAAGUAAGCCUCACACAAAAAUCUGCGCUAAUACAUCUUUGCCGAGUAGCAUCACAGUUAGUUAAUCAAGGUUUCUCCAAGCAACAUGCACACCGAAUAUCUUAUGGUUCUGAUUCGAGUGGCGCACUUGUGCCUAAGUCGAUAACACCGCGUAUUCCACUUUCUUCAUCAUUCCUUGUUGAGUUGGUCCAUGCUAUAUAUUUCGCAAUGUUUAAUGGUUUUGGCACUGUAGCCAUACAGACAUUGGACGACAUACAUCAUCGAGCGUGUUUCGAAAUGUAUACUGAGCUUUUACUGGUAACGAGCGCAGUGCGAAAUUCACUGCACGCGAAUCCUUCAGGCCAGCCUAGUGAUGGUCCUAUGGGACUCAGUGUGGCUCUCACACCUGCCACGAAUACUGUGACCAUUGCCAUAUCCAAAUCCAUGAUCACCAACGCAUCAUUCCGUACUAAAAAGUUGCCCGACGAUAUACCCAUACAAGUUCAGGAUCUUACGAUGCCACAAGCGCCUCCAAUGUUGGCUAGUGUCACUGAAGAGGUAGAUCUUAAAGAUCAACUACAGACACAAAAUACAUCAUCACGUAACUCCAUAAUACGCCCCAGCAUGGAGGGUAUUAAGGCGCAAGCACAUAAAGCGUUAAUCGCAGGUUUUAAAAAAUCCAAAGACAAAGAAAAGGAAAAAGAUAAAGAUAAGGAGAAAGAGAAAGAGAAGGAAAAGGAUGGCAAGAGCAGUGCUGCUGGUGCGACAGGAGAGCCCCCAAAACCUCCCCUACGGAAAUUCGAAAAGCAUACCCAACGUAACUCAUUGCUACAAUUGCAAGCCGAAGGUACGAACAUGACAACGACCGAUUUCGAAAAGAGUCCAUCAUUAGCUGGUAUCAAGAGCAAAACAUACGAUUCAAUGGAUACAACGGAAUUGCUGCCAAUGCAAUCGUUACUUGCUAAUGAAAAUGGAAGUGGCAGCUUCAGUAUUGACAGUGAACUAAACGGUGGAGGUGUUGGAAAUUGCAACAUGCUAAACAACAGUAGCGUGGCCAGCAAUACAAAUUCACUUACGAGCAGUGACUUAAUAACAAAAAGCUUUGAUUCAAGUAUUGAAAUGCCGCAAAUUGUUGGCGGUGUUGUUGUUGGGAGCAAUGCCAAAGUGGGAGAUGUGAGUAUGGAUUAGUGGAUGUAGGCUUCCAAGAUGUGUAGUUUUUUUAGCUUACGCGUAUUCAAAUAUAAAAGCUAUGAAAGAUUUUUGUGUGGGUGCCAAUUGUAGGGUGGAAUGCUUCCCACAUUUAUUUUUAUCGAACGACAAAUUUCCUUAAAGCUGUUAAACAUAAGAAAACGUAUAUACAUACAAUUAAAUUUUAAUUUAUGAAUAAAACAAAAUAUAAAUAAUUGUUGCUAGGUUUAAAUGGAAUGAAUGAAUAUUAGUGAAUAAGUGAUUGCGGGUUAAGGAAAUCUAAUGAUACAAGUAAAUAUAUGUAUUAAUAAUAUAAUAUAAAUAAUAAGAGCAGAAUACUAUUCUACACAUGAACAAAUAAUUCUUACAUGUAUUAUUGUUACCCUACGUCUUUGUUAAUUUGGGCAGGAAAUAAAUUUUAAUCACAACCUGGAAAGAAGCUGUGAACUAAAAUCGUUU